UACCUGUUCCGAUGGGAAACAGCUGACUAAGCCCUGAAUCCAAGGCUAACCAAGGGGAAAGCCGCAACACGAAGACAAGGAUGCCAAGCCUUUUGUGCCAUCCUAGACAUCCAUCAGUUGUCUAUAGACAUUAGUAAGAAGUAAGUGAUUUGUAGACAGUGUUGGGUUAUGCUGUGUCACAAGAGAUCUUAGUUGCCAAAAAUUAUAAAGGUGACCGUCUGAACAGCUGAUUAGACGCACAUAGCUGAAUUUGAUACAAGACAACAGGAUCUUAAGUCAUUGAAGUAGUGGAGAUAAAGAAAAGCCACAGACUACAAACAAGCCUGUUCUUUCACGGUCACCAGACGCCUACACCAAACCAGAGGCCGCCAUCAUGACGAAGGACCAGAGUGGAACCUGGGAAAUGGAGAGUAAUGAGAACUUCGAAGGCUAUAUGAAGGCCCUAGAUAUUGAUUUUGCCACCCGCAAGAUCGCAGUACGUCUGAGUCAGACGAAGAUCAUCACUCAGGAUGGUGAUAACUUCAAGACGAAAACCAACAGCACGUUCAGGAACUACGACCUGGAUUUUACUGUUGGGGUGGAGUUUGACGAACACACAAAGGGCCUAGAUGGCCGACAUGUCAAGACGCUGAUCACCUGGGAAGGUAACACUCUCGUGUGUGUGCAGAAAGGGGAGAAGGAGAACCGUGGCUGGAAGCAGUGGGUGGAGGGAGACAAGCUGUACCUGGAGCUGACCUGUGGUGACCAGGUGUGCAGACAAGUGUUCAAAAAGAAGUGAUGGCCGCGGGGGAAGCCUGGCACACAUACAGAGUUCUCUGCCAGCUUUGGAAAGCGGCGUGGGGACCCUCCUGUUCCUGACAGAGCCCACUUACGUCACCUGCCUAUGUUUAAACUGGAGUGUGUAAAGGAACCCACCCCACCUCCCACCUUGGAACCUGUUAUUAAAUGAAGAAACAAAAUGCCUCUCA